GGCUAAGGAAGUAGCAUCAUUCACGGAGUCUGUAGGUGGGCAUGGACUGCAGGUAAGAGUUGGCCAUGUAAUGUUGGCCAGGAAGAGGAGCUAAGGAGCGGCUGAGGCCAGCAACACCUGUGGGAGGGGCAGCAACACCUGUGGGGGGAGAACCUGGCAUACCUGGUGGAGGCUGUGAGGCUGCGCCAGCAGUGACGCCGCUCCGUGUCAGGACAGGUGUGACACCUGUUGGCUGCUGCCAGGUGAAACAUGGAUUUCCUCACCUUGUUUGGGAUCUACGUCGCCGUGGUGCUCACCUGUAUAUUCCUGGUGUGCAAAUACUCAGGCCAGCAACACAACCCCUUCACCACGCUGCUCAGUUACGUUACAAAGGUAGUCGCACCUGUGACUCCUCAGUGGCUCCAGAGGUUUUCACGCUGGAUCUUCCACAGACUGUUCCAUCAAAGGAGCAACUUUUUUAUAUACCUGCACCUGUUCCUGGAAGGCGCCGUGUAUGCAGAGUUCACCUACGAGGUGUUUGGCUUCUGCCGGGAGAUGGACACCUCUUUGACCAGCUUGUCAGUGCCUUAUGUCCUGCUGGUCAUCAAGACCUUCUUCUUCUACCUCUGCAUCAACACAGACCCAGGCACGGUCACGCAGAAAAAAGUCUCCAGCCUGAUCCACGUCUACCCGUAUGACAGGAGGCUGUUCCAUCCGGGGGUGUCCUGUGAAACGUGCCGCCUCGUUAAACCGGCCCGCUCCAAACACUGCAGGCUCUGUAACCGCUGCGUUCAGCGCUUUGACCACCACUGUGUCUGGGUGAACAACUGUGUCGGCGCCGGGAACACCCGCUACUUCCUGCUGUACCUGCUCAGCGUGUGCGCCAUGGCCCUGGACGUGGCCCUUCUGACGGGGGACAUGCUGCUCCACGCCGUGCUGCGUUCAGGGCUCCUCAGAGCCAGCUACAUGGACGCGUACGGCCAGCAGCAGCCCACUGGACCUCUCUUUGUUGUUCAGCACCUGUUCAUGACCUUCCCUCGCAUCGUCUUCAUGCUGGGCUUCGUCAUCUUCGUCUUCUUCCUCCUCGCCGGUUACACCUUGUUUCAUUCCUUCCUGGCUGUUGUCAACCAAACGUCCAACGAGUGGUACAAAAGCCGGGGCUUUGUUUGUCGCCACUGCCACCCGGCGCCCGGAGCCGACGAUCUUUGUGGGCCGGUCCCGGAUCACUCCAAGAGGUUCUACUACAGCCGAGGGCUGCUGGGGAACCUGCGGGAGAUCUUCUUCCCUCCACAAGCGCCCCAGAAAAAGGCCAACUGAAGCUGCUCCAGCACUGCUACAGCGGAGAAAGUAAACUGCUUUACCUUUUAUGGACUAAUUAUGUUAAGUUUACCAAACUGUAUCUUUAUUACUGACCGGCAGCUCAAACCUGGUGCUUCUGACAGUCAAAGAACCAAAAUAAACUUUAUACUUGUUCUGCUGAGGUUAAUUGGUUUUUGUCUAGAUUAAUGUUAAUUGGCCUCUCCAACUUUUCUAGUUUUCAUUAGCUUUCAGUCAAAAACAAAGAAAAUUGGUUUUUGGAUUUAUUUUUUUAAGCAAUAAAACCUAAAAAGUGCA